AUGAGAGUCAUGAACCAUUCCAAAGAGUCCAACUCUCAUGUUGAGGACGCUCUUGACCUUAGCACGACGCCGGCUCAAGUGGAUAACCUCGCUGGAGAAGAGAAAAAUGCUGAGGUCCAUCUGAAGACGUGGUUGCUGAUUGGUGCCAUCAACUUGAUCUAUUUCACGCAGCUCGUCAACCUGGUCGGCGCGGGCUCGUUGGCACGAGAUAUUGCUUCUGUUGUUGGAGGAGGCGUGGAUAAGCAGAUAUGGUUUACAUCAGUUGUGGCCAUUCUUACCACGACUUUGAGUAUUCCAAUCAGCCAGGCCGCAGACUAUUGGGGUCGCAAACCCUUUCUGACCAUCUGCACCUUCCUUGGAUUUGUGGGCAGCAUUAUCAUUUCCCGUGCCAACACGGUGAACACGGUCAUCGCAGGAAUCACAGUUUCGUCGGUGUCGUAUGGCGCGCAGGCACUCUUACAUGCCGUUAUCUCGGAGGUCUUGCCUCGUAAAUUCCGAUCAUUUGCACAAGCCGCUGUAAAUGUUUCUUCAAGCUUAGGGGUCAUAGUCGGCGCCUACAUGGGAGGUGCGUUGGUUCGGAAUGGGCACCCAGAGCACUUUCGGAUCCACUGGUAUGUUACAGCCGCUCUCUACGGAACAAGCACCCUGGUCACAGCCUUGUUCUAUAAUCCACCUCCUCGGGAACUUCAGGUACUUCUGUCCACCUCGCAAAAGAUCCAUCAAUUGGACUGGCUCGGCUAUGUGCUCCUAAUCGUUGGCUUGGUGAUGUUUUGCCUGGGCCUCUCAUGGUACCAGUAUCCUUAUGCCUUCGACGAUGCACAUGUACUUGCGCCGUUUGUUGUGGGCCUCGCCUUCAUGCUAGCCUUGGUCAUACAUCAAUGGGUACUUAAAAAGGACGGCAUGUUUCAUCAUGACCUUUUCCAGCACAGAACCUUCCCAAUCGUCAGCUUCUGCAGCUUUUGCGAAGGCCUUAGUUUCUACUGCGCGAAUGCCUUUCUCCCAUUCCAGCUCAGUUUCUACACGACUGACCCUCUAUUUAUCGGACUGCAUUUUAGCAUCGGAGCCUACGCGGCCAUUGUCUUUGCUGCUCUCGGAGCAACCUACUCCUGGCGGACAAAAUCUCUUCGCCCACCCAUUGUGCUUGGAUUUCUCACCUUCACCACCUACAACGUCCUAAUGGCAACUGCAAAUACCAAUACCCCCGAACGGAAUCUCUGGGCGUAUCCCGUCCUCUUGGGCAUGGGACUCGGCUGCUGCAUUACCCCUUUAGUCGCUGUUGCACAAUUCGCCACACCUGCUGCUUUCAUCGCCAUGGCGUCAGGUUUGAUGAUCUCUGUCCGCAGCUUGGGUGGGUCGAUUGGGCUCCCUAUCUACAACGCCGUCUUCAACAAAGUAUUAGCCGAGAAUCUGGCCCAGCGAAUCGCAGCAGCUGCAACAGCCGGAGGUCUCCCUGAGUCUUCCUUGACAUCAUUCAUUGAAGCCAUCGUGUCCGGCGAUGAAAUUACACUUCAGGAAAUCCCCAAUGCUACGUCUGAGGUCAUAGCUGCUGCAACAGUGGCGAUGAAAGAUGCCUACUCGAUUGCGUUCCGUUAUGUCUGGGUCACCGCCGGCGCAUUCGGAUUCGUCGGCUUGAUCGGUGAGCUGAAGCCUUGCCCUGCCACUCAAGGGCUUUAA